UGGCCUAGCUGUGGUGCAGCACCAGCGACCCACACCCUUGGUCCUCGGCUUAGCUUACCUGCGUCGCCAGAGGAUAUUUAUGUUAGUUCGACAGCGGCCCAAGGCUCAGUGUUUCGUGCAACCUGUGCGCAGUGUGUUCUUCUGCUCCGCCCGUAAGGAUCCUCCUGCCUGUUAGUGAAACGUGCCAGUGCCAGUACCUCUAGCGUGCUCAACCAAAGCGUGUGUGUAACAAAGUUUUUGACAUUUUGCAACGAUGAAAUCGGCACUACUGCUCGGUACUGCAUUUCUGGUGCUGAUACUGGUGCUUGUGAUACCGGAAACGUACGGCAAUGUGCACGAUUUCGAUGGAAAUGAGCUGCACACGCCACCGUACGAUCGGCGUCGUCCAACAGGCCGCGAACAGGCCCCGGUUGGGCGUGGGUUUACCGACAGUGCGCGCGAUAUUCUGGCCAGCCCGGCCGGUCAGCUAGCAGCGUACGUUGCCAAAGAGAUGAUCAGCCGCUCGGCGGGCAAUAGUCAGGUGCUCAGCUUGAACUUGACGAAUCUGCUGAUUCUGUUUCUACUGAAGGCGCUCAUCUUUGCCGCUGGUCUGAUCGGUGCCGGCAACUGGAGCCAGUAUGCGCGAGGCCGCAGCGAAGAAGGUGCUGGCAGUGGGGGCUUUUUGCUGCCAGGUGAAGCGAACCUCAUCAUCGGCUAUCUGGCGGCGGAAGGUUCCGGCCAGGACGGGUGCCUGAUGCGUUCGGCCUGCCGGGCGCCUCGCACCGCCGACGAGUACGCCCGGGCGGCCCAUGCCCUCGUCAAGGGAGCGGAAAUGUUCAGCCCGGAGGUGGCGGAAAACUACAACUACAAGCGCCUGCUGACCAGCCUGGACCGGGCGGCCAUGGAGGGGCUGCAGGGAGCGCCGUGCGAAAUGAUUUAUCCCUGUCAUAUUUGAGCCCGCCGAUCGAUCGCGGCCUCUGCCACCUUAGAUAAGUGUUUAGAGCUGUGAC